CAAUUUCGGUCCUGGUUUGAGAUCGGUUAAACUAAAAUUCCGGUCCAACCGAAACCUAUUACAAUAGAGUUAACACUAGUCCAUUCUCUUUUAGUUUCCCGCUAUACUGAAAUCGGAUUUCCCGCCAACGUAGAAAGCCGAAAUCGAUAACUCUCACUCUUUGAGAAUUUCGAUCGCUUUCCGAUCGGAAGAGAUUGAUCUGAUCGUCAAGGAAUCACCCAAAUCUAACCAGGUCGAAAAGCUGAGAUUUUUUUAGAGACAGCCAUGGCUGGCCAGACUGAUCCUCAUAUCUCACUAUUUUCUCCACAAGAGGUUGAGUUUAUGGCAGAGGACGAACUUGUGGAGAUUGUUCCCAAUAUGAACAUGGAGCAACUCAAUUUCAUCAGUGGGGAUUUCGGUCGGUUCAUUCCUCAGAUUCCGACCAAGGUGCCUCUGUGGCUUGCAGUGGCACUGAAGAGGAGAGGAAAAUGCUCUUUCCGGCCUCCGGGAUGGAUGUCUGUUGACAAUUUGACUCAGAUCUUGGAAGCAGAACGGGAGUCUCAGUCGACUUUUCAGGCAUUACCAUUUAGUUACGUGGAAAUUGCCCGACUACUUUUUGACCAUGCACAUGACGAUAUUCCAGACAAAUAUAUGGUGAGAUCCCUGGUUGAGGAUAUCAGAGAUGUGCGACUUCACAAACUUGAGACUAACUUAGGAUCAUUUCAAGGUACAUCUGCAGUAAAGAUCUCUAAUGUAUCGGCAAUGGAAGUGAACAUAGUCCGCCCAUUUGUGAGAAGAGCCUUAGAAGCAUUUUAUAAGCAUGACAAGCCUGAGGCUGAUAUAGACAGAGAUACUAGAAGUAGCAGACAACAGCGUGAAGCCAACAAUGAACCAAGGAGACCUCUAAGGCAACGCUAGAGAGCUUCCUACGUCCUUGCCUAAGUGAGAACAAGUCAGGUAUCUUCUGUGUUAAUGUCGGUCGAGCUCCAAAGCCAUCUACAUGUAUUAGUAUAUAAAUAUAUUGUUUCUCCUCUGAACUACUCUUGGUAUUAAGCAUCUUUGCGUUCACAACUAAAUGUUCACUUUAGUGUAGAGGCAGUAAGAUGGAAAAUAAAAAUGGUCACAAGAUGGAUUUCAUA